AUGGCUGCUGCCAACGUCAACUGGAGUCGCAUCUACCAGUCCCUCGGAUUGGGCAAGAACUCGACCGCAACGCUGCAGGCCUUCCGCAAGCGCGCCGAAGACGCCCGCCGGCAGCUGCAGACGCUCAAGCACGAGCGGACCGACGUGGACGUGGCCCACUACAAGUCCAUCCUCAAGAACCAGGAUGUGGUGAACCAGGCCGAGAAGAUCCUCAAGGACUUCAAGCCUGUCACGUACGACGUCUCGGCCCAGCUCAAGGCCAUCGAUGCUUUCGAGGCAAAGGCUACUGAGCAAGCUCAGGCUUCCGCGGACAAGAUUGAGGCGGAGCUCAAGGACCUCAAGGCGACGCUCAAGAACAUCGAGGAUGCUCGUCCAUUCGACCAGCUCACCGUCGACGACGUCGUCGCUGCUCGCCCCGAGAUCCGCGAGACUGUCGAGGCCAUGAUGAAGCAGGGCAAGUUCUCCACGCCUCAGUACACCGAGAAGUUCGGCAGUGAGUCUACCCUUCUCACCCCAACAAUCCCACCGAAGCAAUACUCACUCGAUCACUUUUUUGACAGACCUGGCCGUCAUCUAAUUGGACUCCGAGGCGAAGGGGUAGAAGCAGUCAUGCGCAAUAUAAAUUACGUCCAAGCAAACAGAACCGAGAGCCUUUUGCAUAGGAGAGAAAGGGGGUUGGGGUUGGAAGAGAGGGGUGGGGGUCGAGACUCUCCGGCGCUCGACAUGGCUUGA